AUGUUGAUAGCUCUGGGCUGGCUUAUUGGGCAAAAUUCUCAAUUUUGUUCCGGUUCAAACUCCGACUUGGGACUCUUCCUUCGGAAGGAGAGAAAAAAAAAAGAUUCAAAAUUUGAAAGCAGAGAGAAAGGAAAAAUAAAAAAUAAAAAAAUGGCGUCGGCUUCAGACAUGAAGGGUUUCUACAGGCAAAAGAAGAAGACGGGCGCCGGAAGGGGCAUCGGAAAGUCAAAAGAAAAUAAAAUGACGUCAUUUAACAAGCCAAAGAACUCCGCCUCCGUUGGGACCGAUCAAGUUCAGCCUCCGGCUAUCAUCUCCCAUGGUUCUCUCGAUCUCCAAGGUUGA